AGUCCCGACCGUGUGAGAGUCGAGAAAAGGGAAAGCACCUGGGCGAGGAAUUUGUACCUCUGUUUCGCUCACAUCGAUUCCUCUUUGAUGUGCAACGAUGAGCAGUGCCGAUACGGCGACCGUCCGCAACCCGAAUGCACGAGAAUGCGAUCAGGAUGCGACGACCUCCGAGUCGACCACACAAGUCGAGACACGGCAAGCCCCGCUGCUUCGUCCAGCCGUCUUCAACCCCAACCCGAUGUCAAGCGACGCCGGCAAGCUCCCGUUGUCGGCCGAAGACAGCGGUGAAGGCUCACUUCCGGUGAAGUCAAGAGACAAGCAGGCGACGCAUGACGACACGGCGCAGGAACGUCGCUCUGACGCGCCAACGAAGCGAAAGAAGAGAACGAAGAGGGUCACCAAGGCGGAGAAAGACGACAAAGCUACAGGGGACGCCGACGUUGACUGGGCGAUGAACCAGUCACCGCAUGCAUCGGCGUUUUCGAUCGUCGGCGGUGUGACUCAACCGGUUCUGCCCACGAUUGCGCCCGGAAUUUCGCUCAUGCCGGCGGCGCUGUUUGCGCGUGCGCCGCUCGGACAGACGUCUGUCGCGCCGAGAUUGCCGCCGGUCAUCAACACCGGCCUUCAUCCACCGGUUUUCUCAGUUGCCGCCUCUCCUCAACUUGCUACCGUCAUGCAAUCGCAAUACUUACCAGGCUUUCCCAUCGGGCCCUAUGCGUCAGGACUCUUGCAACCUGCAGCCGCUAGUUUACUUAGACUGCCGUUUGCUACUUUUCCCAUGUCGACCGUGUCGGACGCGGCCAUGCGAGCAGCCGCGGUGACGUCCGGCACCGUCCCCCUACCGGGAAUGCCGUCCUUGAAUCUGCCAUCCGCUAAAUCCGAGCAGCAAGUAGACUCAGGCUUUUUCAGCGACCACAGCAACACGUCGACACCGACUGCGACGUCGGCAAACUCCAUAAAUCCGCUACAGCGCGCUCUAGCUGCAGAGGCGGGAAAAAGAAAGGGAAAACGAAAGGCAGACGAGGUUGAACAAGAAGAGAGUGAAAGUUUACCAACCAGUCCUAAGCUAAUGAUUGACAGUAACCCUGGUACUCCAGUAGAGGGCAAGCCAAGUAGCGGCACUAAGAAACAAAUAACUGAAGAAGACCUUCGCGCAUCUGCUUCAGCAGAUCAGACACAACUCGGAAUGAGUGAUACUGCUAAGGCUCUCCUUUUCUGUGCGACCGAGUGCCACCUUGCUGUCCUUCAGGAUGAUGAAGGAGACACGCCGUUGCAUUUGUCAAUCGCUCAAGGAAAUCUUCCUCUUACCAGUUACUUGGUGGCAUUGCUAACGAGUGCUAAAAUGAAUCUUGAUAUUUUCAAUUUCAUUAGACAGACGCCAUUACAUUUGGCUGUCAUUACUCGUCAGCAUGCUGUCAUAGUCAUGUUGGUAAGAGGUGGCGCUAAUGUCAAUCUACCUGACCGGAAUGGGAGAACUUGUCUGCAUCUUGCUGUCGAAUCGAAUGACUUGGGGUCUGUGCAAGCUCUGACACUCGCAAGCAAUCCUAAAAUUGACUUGGAAAUAAGGAACUUUGAUGGAUUUACUGCAUUACAUGUUGCUGUGAUGAAAGCCAGCUUGCCUAUCGCACAAAGCCUUCUAUCACUCGGUGCAUCAAUCAAUGCCCCAGACGGUAAAAGUGGAAUGACGCCUCUGCAUCAUGCUGUCGAAUCAAAGUGUACGGAAAUGAUCCAAAUGUUGAUCAAACGAGGAGCAAGCGUCCAUUCAACGACGUUUGGUGGAGGCACGGCUCUUCACUUUGCAUCCGGAUACGCCCUGCUCGACGCGAUAAAAAUAUUGUUAGCAUCGGGAGCUAACGCUAAGGCAUCGAAUAAUGAAGGAGAUACGCCAGCAGAUGUGGCACCAAGUAGUGGAUUGAGUCAGUUGCUGAGAGCUGGAGACAGAAGAAAAGGUACAGCGUAAAUCCUCACUGCUCUGUGACUUGUCACCACGCCUUGUGUUUACAUAAUCUCUAUCUACGUUAUGCUGCAAUCAUGCCUGAAAAGCCAGAUUUGGUUGAUUUCGUUUUUAAUCUGUUAACGAUAGUUUUGUAAUGCUCUAAAUUCACUGAUACAGAAUAAACAAUAAUUGGGUACAUCACAAUCAGAAUAAUAGGCAGACUGUUGCCGUGCCGUCCCGUUAUCAACUGGUCAGACAUAU